AUGGAGAACAAAUGCGAUUACCCUACGAGUAUAUCAGAGAGCGAUGACGACGACCUAAUAGCGCUUGCACAAGAGUCUAGCACCCGCCAGGUGCCGACUGAUGAAGAGCUUCGAAUUCGCCUAAAGCCAGAUCAGUAUAAGCGGUAUCAUCACAUAUUGAAUCAGUGGCGGAAGUUCUCUCAGAAGAUCCUGAAGCAGAGAGAUAAGGAGUGUCUCUCUACAUUUCCAAGUGUGAAGGAGAUUCAGAUAUUUCUCCGAUGGUAUGCGCGCCAUGCAAGAGGCGUUCUUGACGAGCAUAUAACCGACGUUACCCUUCUGCAUCGGCUUCAUGCUCUGACACUGGUUAUAAGACUCCACACAGGUUAUAUCUACGGGCCUAGCGACCAAAAAGCUCUUGCAACCUUCAUUAAAGGUGACCUUGUUAACGAAGGAAAGAUAUCAACGAAAGCUCGCCAUAAACCAGUAGCUCCGUUUGCAGUAGCUGAGGACCUUGUAACCUUCCUAUGGAAAGCCGACGAGUAUGAGUUUCUGCAUUCGCGAAUCCGUUUGCAGCUUGCGUUCCUUAUUGUUAUCCUUGCUCUAGUAGGAUGCCGGCUAGGAGAAGUUGUAGAAUCUACAGCAUAUGCGGGUAGUAACGAGGGCCUUCACUACAAAGAUUUUCAAUUAGGUCGGAAAUCAACUACAGCAUACACUGGCUACUUCCUUCUUGUUCGUUUGCGGUGUCGAAAGGGGGUCCGAAACACUGAAAAGCACGCUCCUCAGCUCCUUCUUUACGAGGAGCCAAAGAGACGAUUCUUCUGCCCUGUUGCGUAUUUUCUUGCAUUGGCUCUUGCGGACCAGGCUAUUGAAGGAUGUGACUCUUUCACAUCCCUUGAAGCUGCACCAACACCUCCCGGUACAGAUACGUGCUGGUUUAAGAUUAAAUCUAGCAUGCUUGACAUUCCUAUCCUUCGGGCAGUUGAUCAGAAAGGAGUUAUCCACCAGGAUCAUAUCUGGAAAUACAACAGCAUAAGUAACAUGUUUGUCGGGCUAGGUCAACGAGCUGGAUAUGAAGAGAAUCUCACUGGAUAUUGUUUCCGGAGAGGUUUUGGUAACACGAUUGACAAUACACAAUCACUAGCCCAAGGACGUACGCCUAACCAGGCGUUAAUUGAGGAAGCAAUAUCUAUGAAAGCGCGGAGAAAUCUGCUCGCCCCAAUGCCACCAGGUUCCCAACUGGCCAAGCAUCUACAUCAAGUCGACCUUUCCGAAACCUUGUCCAUGUCACCCCAAAAGAAGGACAGAAUCCAGAGACGGCUGCGAAAGAAAAUCUACGUAAAGAAUCGCGAAGAAUUCUUCCAAAACGGAGCCUUGACAGACGUAGAACCUUGGCGGCAGAAAGCUAUGGAGCGCAUGCCAUCCCGCUAUCUUCAAGCCUAUCUUCGCUAUGACAGACGUCGGAGAGAACUCUGUACCUCUCUUUUCACUGAGGAGGACACAAGUUUGUCCCAGGUGAUCCCUAUACUGCGCAGCACGGCAAACCCGGCUUCUGGACGUUUAUUUUAUCCCCAAACCGGUCUAACAGAGGACAAUCGAUGUAUUAAUUGCAACAAGGACCUUGCCGACAAUCGCCUUGUGCACUCGCAUCUGCUUACCUGUACGCAGAAACGAUUAAGGCGAGAACAGACAGCUCAGAUGCAGCACUACUUUGAGAAAACCCUGAAGCGGUGCGGCUGGAACAGUUGCAAUUUCUACUUUGCACGAAAAUCCUGCAAUACGUACUCGAAGCAUGUUACUAGCCAUCUUAAAGCGAAUGCACUGUCCCAGUGUCUUUGGAACCACUGUGGCUACACUAGCGGAGACGAGAUCGAUCUUGCUUACCAUGUCUCAACUGUUCACGAGGUCCCAAACGAAGUAACCAUCCCUACGAAGAUACAUUACUGUUACGAACAUGGGGAGUACUUCGCAGCUGAUGGCCUUUGGUCAAAGCAUUGUCGACAACACGUGGAAGAGCUGAAUAGCUAUUGCGGCAUAAUACGUCGAAACAGAUUAGUAGUAGUAGCCGGACAUUGUUUAUUCUGCCUAGGGGAUACAGCGGCUGCACCGGAGGUCCGCUGGUGUCAAUUCUCCGAGGGAUAUCAGCUGCUUAAGCACAUGGAGGGCCAUCUUCAGAAGGAUGCUUCCCCUCAGACCUGCCCGCACCCAUUGUGCGAGGACAGAUUUGACAGCGUUGAUGAUUUCUGGAAGCACGCUAUCUCUGACCACGGCAUUCCUCCUCCAGCAGUCAAGCGGAAGAGGUCUUACGAUGAAAUAGUAGAUGCCUGA